GGGACUCAUUCAAGCAUGCAGCGUGAAAAGUUGCUUGUGUUUUUUCUCUUUGUGGCAGCUGUGGCCAGCCCUGUGCUGUGGCAGAAGGAGUGUGUGAAGGGGCCGGAGGUGUGGUGUCAGAGCAUUCGCACGGCAUCGCAGUGCGGGGCRGUGAAACACUGCCAGCAGAAUGUCUGGAAUAAACCUGCUGUGAGCAGUAUUCCCUGUGACUUGUGUAAGGAGCUUGUGACCGUGGCUGGCAAGGUUUUGAAGGAUAAUGGCACUGAGGAUGAGAUCCGCUCUUACUUGGAAAAGACAUGCGAGUUUCUUCCUGACCCGGGCCUGGUCUCUGAGUGCAAAGAGAUCGUGGAUUCCUACCUACCAGUUMUCAUGGAUAUGAUCAAGGAAGAGCUGGAUAAACCUGAGGUUGUGUGCAGUGCCCUUGCYCUGUGCCAGUCCCUUCAGAAGCACCUUGCAGCAAUGAAGCUCCAGAAACAGCUCCAGACCAAUAAGAUCCCAGAGCUGGAUUUCUCCGAACUGGCGUCCCCUUUCAUGGCUAACGUGCCUCUUCUCCUUUACCCUCAGGACAAGCCCAAGCAGAAGCCUAAGACUAGUGGAGAUGUGUGCCAAGAUUGCAUUCAGCUGGUCACUGAUGUUCAGGAAGCUGUGAAGACAAACUCGUCUUUUGUCAAGUCUUUGGUUGCUCAUGCCAAGGAGGAAUGUGACCGUUUGGGACCUGGGAUGUCUGAUAUGUGCAAGACCUAUGUCUCUGAAUAUUCUGACUUGGCCAUCCAGAUGAUGAUGCACAUGCAACCMAAGGACAUUUGUGCCAUGGUUGGGUUCUGUUCCUCUGUGAAGUCUGUUCCACUUCAGCGUCUGGUGCCAGCUCAGGUGGUUCAUGAGGUGAAAAUGGAAGUUGUGGAGAAGGUUUCAGUUCAAGAGAAGACUUUUUCCUUGUGUGAAAUCUGUGAGACCAUGGUGAARGAAGUGACUGGCCUCUUGGAAAGCAACAAGACAGAGGAGGAGAUUGUGCACGAGAUGGAGGUGGUGUGCCGCCUCUUCCCAGGAAGCGUCAAGGACCAGUGCAAGGAUUUCAUCGAGGUCUAUGGCCAGGCUGUGAUUGACAUGCUCCUGGAGGCAACCAGUCCCGAGGCUGUGUGUGCCAUGCUGAAAUGCUGUGCAGCUGGCAAGCUGCCCCAGCAACCAGUUGUAGUGAAACCUGCAGGUGGCUUCUGUGAUAUCUGCAAGAUGGUGGUGGCGUAUGCAGACAARGAGCUAGAGAAGAAUGCCACGACAGCUGAAAUUGAAGCUUUACUGGAAAAAGUCUGUCACUUCCUGCCAGAGUCUGUCAGUGAUGAGUGUGUGCAGUUUGUGGAACAGUAUGAACCCGUGGUUGUGCAACUCUUGGCAGAGGUGAUGGAUCCCACUUUUGUUUGCACUAAACUCGGAGUCUGUGAGUCAGCUAAAGAGCCUCUCCUGGGGAACGAUGCCUGUGUCUGGGGUCCAGGCUACUGGUGCAAGAAYAUGGACACUGCUACUCAGUGCAACGCUGUUGAUCAUUGCAAACGUCAUGUGUGGAACUAGAAGAAGAAUUUCCAGUUCUGAAAGUUAGCCAUGGCUCUUGGGAAAUGUGGGCCGAGGUUGGCGGAGAGCUGUAUCUCACUUGUCCCUCCUCUCUGCCUCAUUAACAAUUUGACCUUGAAGUUCCUUUUGUUGUAACUCUUCUGUAGCAGUGCUGCUGUUGAAGGAUCAGAUCUUCAUCGUUGACUUAACAAAAGAUAUUUCUGAUUGUACAGUUUAACUCAUUAUGCUCCUGAAAAUAGUCAGUGUGUUGUAGAUUUUUUUUUUUUUAAUUGAUAGGCUGAAGUGUUUUUUAAUGUGCUGGGAAGAAUGACAGAGAUGGGUGAAAUGAGGCAAGGCUCUCAUCUUCUAAUUUUAUAAAAGGAACAAGGUAGUGACUGAACUUUCAAAUGUCUUUCUGUUGGCAACAUUGGGAAGAUUUUACAUGCUUUGAAUUUUUAAUAUCUGGCUGGAAUUUAAACUUUCUGUGUAUGGGAGCUCUAAGGAAUAAUGUUGAAUCUGAGAAUCCUUUCAGCUGGAAUUUUCAAAGCUCUACUGAUGCAGAGGAGGGGGCUUUGUGUGCUUUCAAAGUAACUGAUACUUA